ACAAAAGAUGAAAGCAAAGUUAGGAAAGGAGGAUAACAGUGAUUCUAGUGAUGGAGUAAUUUAUCGUUUGUACAGGGCCACCGAGUGUAAUAAGCGACGCGUUCUGCCACUAGCUAACCAAUUUUGAUUCAUUAAUAGGUCGACCUGUAUGACCUAAAGUGUCGGAGACUGCUAAACGAAUUAAUUUACCCACAUUCUUUUAGUGCGAAUACGCAAUAUGUGUGCCUUUCUUACACAGGAACAAAAUUUUGUUUAUUCUCAAUUGUGAUUAUUUUUAUCCGUGAGUUAUCUCUAUCAGUUGCAUACAUAACGUUGUUCUACAUCGAAUGGAAAACAAUACAACUUAAAAAUUACUUCGCAAUGUAGAAGAAUUUUUUGCCAGUUUUAUUAUAAAACUGUGCAAGAUGAAGUGAAACACGGCAAUGUAUGUUCGAGUUAUGUUCGAGAGAUCAAUUGGAUUUGCAGAUGCAGUGGUUUGCCAUAAUGGUGUGUUUAUAUGCUGGUGUAGCAAGUGCAAGGACAGAAGAAGAUCAACAAACAUCCUCUUCAACUUCGAUUAUUGGGAUAUCUGAUGGUCUUUUAGAACAAUGCUUUUACCGGCUAUCUAGUGAAUGUCCUGAUGUUAAAACAACUCGAUGUUCUUGUAAGAAAAUUGUUUUGGCCCAUAAUAAUCCCGAGGGCAAUGCUGUACUUUGUUGCAACUUGGAUGUUCAGAACUUUGAAUUGGAACUUUCCUGUGCAGGAUUUCCAUCAAACAUAUCAUACAUACAUAUAAGAAAUGCAACAUUGGAUGUAUUCAAUGUAAGUGAAAUUCGGUGGAGAAGGCUAAAGUCACUUGCAAUUACCGAUGGUAAAAUUAAUAGAGUGAAGGGACAAUUUCGAAUGAUGACACCAACAGUUUGCUUGAAUCUUUCAAACAAUGCUCUCAUCGAAGUAGAGAAUAAUUCACUUACUCGAUUAGCUCAACUCACUACUUUGGAUUUGUCUUAUAAUAAUCUCACACAUUUACCAGCCUUAAAUACAAUGAAUGGCCGAGAAUUUUGGCUUGAUAUUUCAGGAACAAAUACACUUUGGUGUCAUGACAUUUACCAAUAUAUUAAUAAAACAGGAGAAAAGCAAAUUAAUUUCAAUCAUGAAAAUGAAACUGUAUGUUCAGCUAGUAAGACUUGGCAUUGGUUCAACACUACAGAACAAGUUCCAUUGAAACAAGUUCGAUAUCUUAGUUUGUUGCAAACAGAAUGUCCAAAAGGUGAUACAUGGCAAUGUCAAUGCAACUUCAAAAGAUUGGAUAUUGUCGAAGGUAAACCACCGACUUUAGCGGUAAAUGUAGAUUGUAGCGGAAUUCAAAUUACCGAAUUACCUGAAAAAUUACCACGCAAUACUAUAUCCCUGAAUGUAUCAUAUAAUAAUAUCACUGCAUUAGAUGAUCUGAGUACCAAUCCAUGUUAUGAAGAUAUAAGAGAGUUUUAUGCAGACUAUAAUCAUAUAUCGUCUAUAAAUAAAUUAGAAGGGUCCAAAUUUUUAGAUAAUUAUGCUUUCCUUAGUUUAAGAUACAAUAAAAUUAAAUCUCUUCCAACAUACAUUUUAAGCCCUAAUACUCAUGACAAAAGUUUUAUCAGUUCGCGAUUAGUAAAGCUUGGGGGAAAUGAAUUACAUUGUGAUUGUAACACGGCCAAGUACCUAAAGGUAUGGUUACAAACUCGCAUAUUAGAUUCUGAUGAAGUAUUAUGCGAAAAUGUAAAGGAAAAAGUUGUUGACUUAGAACCUUCAAAAAUGUGCGUUUAUCCUGGUGAUUGGACAGAUUAUAUUUAUUAUAUUAUUGCUACAGAAGUCGUGCUAUUGAUAAGCUUGAUAGCUAAAGUAUCUUAUGAUUAUUGGAUUUUUAAAACGGCAGGCUACCUUCCAUGGCCAGCAAAUAAAAUGCCGAAACUACCUUGUGAUUGGCUAUGUGAAACGUAA